AAAACUGUUAAGCUCAAAACCGUCUGUAACGUAAAGAUCCUGAAUCUCUCAAAUGGUAGUAGUUAUUAGAACACUCUCUCGAACCAAAACCACACCACUCCAUUUCUUCCAAUCCCUUCAUCCUCUUCUCUCUCUACCCAACAACGCCGAUACCCGUCUUCUCUCUCCUCUACUCCCUCUCUCUUCUCAUCUCCCCCCAACUCACCAUCGCCUUUCCAGACACACCUUCUCAUCUCAUGCACUCUCUUCUCCACCCCCACCCCAACCCCCACCUCCAGACCCAAACCCACCUUCUUCACCACAACUCGUCAAUGACCUCUGUCGUGUACUCAGCGACUUCCGAAACCCCCAACACGACAUCGAAUCGGCUCUCACUUCGUUCUCAUCCAGAAUAUCCACCGAUUUGGUUCAACAAGUCUUGAAAAGGUGUAAAAAUCUCGGGUUCUCAGCUCACAGAUUCUUUCUCUGGGCUCGGAGAUUUCCGGGUUUUGAACACACAAGAGAAAGUUAUCACAUUCUUGUAGAUAUCUUAGGAAGUAGCAAACAGUUCCCAUUGAUUUGGGAUUUCCUUGUAGAGAUGAGAGACACUCGAUGUUGUGAAAUUAGCCCUAAAAUUUUUUGGAUUGUUUUCCGAGCAUAUAGUAGAGCUAACUUUCCAGCUGAUGCCAUUCGGGCUUUUGAUAAGAUGAUUGAUUUUGGUAUUGAACCGGGUAUUGAUGAUCUUGAUCAGCUUCUAUAUGUACUGUGUAAAAGGAAACAUGUGAAGCAUGCCCAACAGUUCUUUGAUAGAAUUAAGUUCGAAUUUGCGCCGAGUGUCAAAAGUUACAGCAUAUUGAUGAGAGGGUGGGGCGACAUUGGCGAUUCCGGCCAGGCACUUAAGUUAUUCGAUGAAAUGCUCGAACGAGGAUGCUCGGUGGAUGUGCUUGCUUAUAAUAGUAUGCUGGACUGUUUAUGCAAAGGUGGGAAUGUUGAUGAAGCCUAUACGUUGUUCAGAGAGAUGGGGUUUAAGGGACUUGAGCCAGAUGCUUAUACUUAUUCGAUCUUCAUUCGUGCUUUUUGUGAAGCAAAUAAUAUUCAUUCUGUCUUUAGGGUUCUUGACAGAAUGAAAAGAUACAAUCUUGUGCCCAAUGUUUUUACGUAUAACUGUAUUAUCAAAAAACUAUGUAAGAAUGAUAGGGUGGAGGAGGCUUACCAACUUUUAGAUGAGAUGAUUGAGAGGGGAGUGAGACCAGAUGUAUGGAGUUACAAUGCAAUACAAGCUUUCCAUUGCGAUCAUUCUGAAGUUAAUAUGGCCCUUCGGUUGAUUUCAAGAAUGGACAAAGAUUCUUGCCUGCCGGAUCUGCAUACAUAUAAUAUGGUGCUCAAAAUGCUGAUCAAGAUAGGGAGGUUUGAUAGAGUCAUCAAAGUAUGGGAGAGUAUGGAGGAGAGGGGUUUUUAUCCUUCGGUUUCAACGUAUGCUGUCAUGGUCCAUGGUCUUUGUAAGAAGAAAGGUAAAUUAGAGGAUGCAUGUAAAUAUUUUGAGAUGAUGAUUGAUGAUGGGAUACCACCAUAUUCUUGCACGUGUGAGUUGUUGAGGAAUCGACUUAUAGGGUUUGGCUUUUCAGAGCAGACACAUAUACUUGCAGAUAAGAUGGGGCGAAGCACUUCUUGUUCAAUACAACAGCUGUCAGACUUAAUGAGGGGUAAUAGUUCCAAUCGGACUCGAACAACUGAAGAACAAAGUUCAGAAGAGAGUGAUGAGUAAAGAGCUAUCAAUGCCCACAUUAAUUGGAUUUGUGAUUGAUAUUGCCAUUUUGAUUGUGAGAAAGCUCUUAAGGUGUUGUGUGGAUUGAAGACACCUAAAAACUCAAGCUACUAGCAUGGAGAUUAAAUCCCAGAGAAAGAGAUAUUGAGAAUACAGAUCCCAAGGUUACAGAGCACAGGGAAUUACUAGACAUACCCUAACAUGCGAUUCAUUUAGGGGACCUGGGGAUGAUGUGAACUCUUUGUAAUCUGAUAUCUUAAAAAACGACAUUUUGUCUGGGUCAGUCAGUGGAAGCAGGAGAGGUUUUCUCUUUCUUCUUUUUCCCUUCUUUUUUUGUAUUAAAGUAGAGGAAGAUAUGAUUCUUUGGUGAAUGCAAGAGGUGAUAUUAUGAAAAACCCAGAACACUGGUAGGGGUGAGCAGGUUUUUUUAGCUA